ACAAAUCACUGCUUGAAAAACUUCCAGUACAAAGUUAUCUAAAGCCUUCAAAAUGCCUCCACGACCAUCAUCCGGGGAACUAUGGGGCAUCCACUUGAUGCCACCGAGGAUCCUUGUGGAGUGUCUUCUCCCAAAUGGAAUGAUAGUGACUCUAGAAUGCCUCCGUGAGGCCACCUUACUAACUAUUAAACAUGAACUCUUUAAAGAAGCGAGAAAAUACCCUCUUUAUCAACUCCUUCAAGAUGAAUCUUCUUACAUUUUUGUAAGUGUUACACAAGAAGCAGAAAGAGAAGAAUUUUUUGAUGAGACACGGAGACUUUGUGACCUGCGACUAUUUCAGCCUUUUCUAAAAGUCAUCGAACCAGUAGGUAACAGAGAAGAAAAGAUUCUUAAUAGAGAAAUAGGUUUUGCUAUUGGCAUGCCUGUCUGUGAGUUUGACAUGGUUAAGGAUCCCGAAGUACAAGACUUCAGAAGAAACAUUCUUAAUGUUUGCAAAGAAGCAGUGGAUCUUCGAGAUGCGAAUGCACCGCAUAGUAGAGCAUUGUACGUCUGUCCUCCAAAUGUAGAGUCUUCAUCUGAGCUCCCCAAACACAUAUACAAUAAACUAGAUAAAGGGCAAAUUAUAGUGGUGAUAUGGGUAAUAGUCUCACCGAACAAUGAUAAGCAGAAAUACACCUUAAAAAUCAAUCAUGACUGUGUGCCUGAGCAAGUUAUUGCUGAAGCCAUUAGGAAGAAAACACGAAGUAUGUUGCUGUCAACUGAACAACUAAAGCUUUGUGUCUUGGAGUACCAGGGCAAAUAUAUUUUAAAAGUUUGUGGCUGUGAUGAAUACUUGCUAGAAAAAUAUCCACUGAGCCAGUAUAAGUAUAUAAGAAGCUGUAUAAUGCUUGGUCGCAUGCCCAAUCUGAUGCUGAUGGCUAAGGAGAGCCUGUACACCCAGCUGCCCCUGGACACCUUUACAAUGCCAUCCUAUUCCAGGCGUAUUUCUACAGCUACACCCUACAUGAAUGGAGAAGCUACAGCCAAAUCCCUCUGGACUAUAAAUAGUGCUCUCAGAAUAAGAAUCCUCUGUGCAACCUAUGUAAAUGUGAACAUUAGAGACAUUGACAAGAUCUAUGUUAGAACAGGUAUCUAUCAUGGAGGAGAACCUUUGUGUGACAAUGUGAAUACUCAAAGGGUACCUUGUUCUAAUCCCAGGUGGAAUGAAUGGCUGUCGUAUGACAUGUACAUUCCUGACCUUCCCCGCGCUGCUCGGCUCUGCCUUUCCAUCUGCUCGGUUAAAGGCCGGAAGGGUGCGAAAGAGGAACACUGCCCAUUAGCUUGGGGAAAUAUAAACAUGUUUGACUACACAGACACUCUUGUCUCUGGGAAAAUGGCUUUGAAUCUUUGGGCAGUACCUCAUGGACUGGAGGAUUUGUUGAAUCCUAUUGGUGUUACUGGAUCAAAUCCAAAUAAGGAAACUCCAUGUUUAGAGCUGGAAUUUGAUUGGUUUAGCAAUCCCGUGAAGUUUCCAGAUAUGACGGUGAUCGAAGAACACGCCAAUUGGACAAUAUCUCGUGAGCUGGGGUUUAACUACAGCUAUGCGGGGCUGAGUAACAGAAUAGCUAGAGAUAAUGAAUUAAGAGAAAGUGACAAGGAGCAACUGCGAGCCAUAUGUACACGAGAUCCUUUGUCUGAAAUCACUGAGCAAGAGAAAGACUUCCUCUGGAGCCACAGACACUACUGUGUGAAUACUCCAGAAAUUCUGCCCAAAUUACUUCUGUCUGUUAAAUGGAAUUCUAGAGAUGAAGUGGCCCAGAUGUACUGUUUGGUAAAAGAUUGGCCUUCAAUCAAGCCAGAGCAAGCAAUGGAGCUUUUGGACUGUAAUUAUCCGGAUCCAAUGGUGCGAGCUUUUGCAGUCCGGUGUCUAGAGAAGUCCUUGACAGAUGACAAACUGUCUCAGUACUUAAUCCAGCUAGUACAGGUUCUCAAAUACGAGCAGUAUUUAGAUAAUCAGCUUGUGAGAUUUUUACUCAAGAAGGCACUGACCAAUCAAAGGAUAGGACACUUCUUCUUUUGGCAUUUAAAGUCUGAAAUGCACAAUAAAACUGUAAGUCAGAGGUUUGGUUUGCUUCUGGAGUCCUACUGUCGAGCAUGUGGAAUGUACCUGAAGCAUCUGAGCAGGCAGGUGGAGGCUAUGGAGAAGUUAAUUAACCUCACAGAUAUUCUCAAGCAGGAAAAAAAAGAUGAGACCCAGAAGGUACAGAUGAAGUUUCUUGUUGAACAAAUGAAACGGCCAGAUUUUAUGGAUGCUUUGCAAGGUUUUAUCUCUCCUCUUAAUCCUGCACAUCAACUGGGAAAUCUUCGGCUUGAGGAAUGCAGGAUAAUGUCCUCUGCAAAAAGGCCCUUGUGGUUGAACUGGGAAAACCCAGAUAUUAUGUCUGAAUUGUUAUUUCAAAACAAUGAGAUAAUCUUUAAAAAUGGAGAUGACUUGCGUCAGGACAUGUUGACACUUCAGAUUAUUAGAAUUAUGGAAAACAUCUGGCAAAAUCAGGGUCUUGAUCUUCGGAUGUUGCCUUAUGGUUGUUUGUCCAUUGGUGACUGUGUGGGGCUCAUUGAGGUGGUGAGGAGCUCUCAUACAAUCAUGCAGAUCCAGUGUAAAGGAGGCUUAAAAGGAGCAUUGCAGUUCAACAGCCAUACCUUGCAUCAGUGGCUCAAGGACAAGAACAAAGGAGAAAUGUAUGAUGCAGCUAUUGACUUGUUUACACGUUCUUGUGCUGGCUACUGUGUUGCUACAUUUAUACUGGGCAUUGGUGAUCGCCACAAUAGUAACAUCAUGGUCAAAGAUGAUGGACAACUGUUUCACAUUGACUUUGGACACUUCCUUGACCACAAGAAGAAAAAAUUUGGUUAUAAAAGAGAGCGUGUGCCAUUUGUCUUAACACAAGACUUUUUAAUAGUGAUAAGUAAAGGAGCCCAAGAAUGUACCAAAACAAGAGAGUUUGAAAGGUUUCAGGAGAUGUGUUACAAGGCCUAUCUAGCAAUUCGACAGCAUGCCAAUCUCUUCAUAAAUCUUUUCUCCAGGCUGCUGGGCUCAACAGAGCUGCAGUCCUUCGACGAUAUCGCGUACAUUCGAAAGACCCUUGCAUUGGACAAAAGUGAGCAGGAAGCUCUUGAGUACUUCAUGAAGCAAAUGAACGAUGCUCACCAUGGUGGCUGGACAACAAAAAUGGACUGGAUCUUCCACACAAUAAAGCAACAUGCUUUGAACUGAAAUGAAAGCAAAGAAAACAAGAACUGAUGGCCCGCUUUGUGGGAACUGCACUGUUAAUACCCCUUAGCAGCAAAGACUGGUUGCAUAGGAAUUGCACAAACCACGAACAACAUUAGCAUUUAUGGCAAGGAAAGAGAUGAACUGUUCAGACAACUGUCAAAAAAUAAUGUAAAACAGGGUUUCAGAUCGCACUAAAAUUGUACACUUCAAAAAAGUAAGCUUUAGUAUGAUGUGUGACUUCAUGUUAUGCCUUAAGCCCGAAAAGGUAAACUUGGAAGAAUGUUUCCUUUUUCUGUUUGAUAGGAUACAAUAGAAGGAGAAAGAAAAUAGUGCUAGCAUGAACAUAGAGUCCAUCACAUAUUACCUUAGGUCUGGUACAGCAGUAGGGACUAUGCUGGAUUGAGAAGAGUGGGAAGAAAAUUCAAGGGGUAGCAAACAUUUAAAUGCAGCAUAGUUUGAAGGGAGAGAGGUUUUAUUAAGCUUAAAGAUCUAAAAACAAUAGUGAGAGGACAGUGCCUUUUUAAAUGUGCUCAGAGGCAUGAACAUUUACUGGGUUUAGAUGACCCUUUGAUUUCUGGGUCUGUCAUCUGCACUGUUUUUGAAAGCAGUAGGAAAUAGGCCCAUUCAGUAUGGUGUUUCUUCUGCUCAGUAUUUCUAGGGGUGCAAUUCAUACCUUCACAAAGAAACUCCCUAUCAUCCGCCAAAACUGACU